GUGUUUCCCUUGAAGCCCCAAAAAGCUAGUUAGAGUGCGCCUCCUCAUUCUCUCCAAAGAGUGAAAUAAACUUCAAAAAAAAAAAAAAAAUACUCCCUCGUACAUUUUCGAAUCCAACUCAAACUCAAAAGUCUUCUAUAAACUCAAUUACUCAACACCCGUCUUCAAUCUGAACCUCACCGCUCUUUGGUCCUUCUGUCUCCGGCGCCAUCCACCACCAAUCAACAAAUCGACUGCCAAACGCAAAAAUUAUAUUGAUAAAAAAGGAGAAGAGAAACAAUACUUCUCAAGCACUUUUUAUGGCUCUAGUCGCUAGACCACGUUCUCUAUCCGCUUCUUCAUCUUCACACCAUUUCAGAAAACCUGUCCCUUUAAACCCUCGACCCAUUUGUUCUUUACACAUCAACUCCUCUUCUUCGCCGUUUACAGAGAAGCACUCUGUUGAGAGGUAUCAGAGAGAUCAAUGGCUAUACAAGAACCAAUUUGGGCGAACUAGUUUAUGCUCAAUUCCACCAGAUUUUAAUUCAACAAGGGAAAAUGAUAUUGCUUUGCAGCUACCAGAGUUGAAGAAGCUACUUCAGGUGCUGAGAGAGAAGAGAGAAAGUAAAGGAGGGAAUUGUGGGCCUGGCAAUGUGUUCUUAGUGGGUACUGGUCCUGGGGACCCUGAGCUGUUGACAUUGAAGGCAGUCAGAGUUAUUCAGAGUGCCGAUUUGUUGUUGUAUGACCGUUUGGUGUCCAAUGAUGUGUUGGAUUUGGUUGGACCUGAUGCUAGACUUCUCUAUGUUGGCAAGACAGCUGGGUACCAUAGCAGAACCCAGGAGGAGAUACAUGAGUUGCUACUUAAUUUUGCUGAAGCUGGAGCUACUGUUGUCAGACUUAAAGGAGGGGAUCCAUUGGUGUUUGGAAGAGGUGGGGAGGAGAUGGAUUUUCUGCAGCAGCAAGGAAUCGAAGUGAAUGUUAUUCCAGGCAUCACUGCCGCUUCAGGGAUAGCAGCAGAGUUAGGAAUCCCACUAACACACCGAGGUAUUGCAAACAGUGUCAGAUUUCUUACUGGGCACUCAAGGAAAGGUGGAACAGACCCUCUGUUCGUAGCAGAGAAUGCAGCUGACCCUGAUACGACCUUGGUGGUUUAUAUGGGUUUAUCAACCCUCCCAUCUCUUGCUCAAAAGUUGAUGCAUCAUGGUCUACCAUCAAAUACACCAGCUGUUGCAGUUGAGCGUGGCACCACACCUCAACAGCGCAAGGUUUUUGCUGAACUGAAGGAUCUUGCUAAUGAGAUUGCAUCAGUAGAGUUAGUAUCACCAACACUGAUCAUCAUUGGGAAAGUCGUAGCACUUUCACCAUCUUGGCCACAUCCAUUAAAAGAAGCAUCCUGUUUAGUAGAGGUGAAAUAGACAUCUUCAAAUUUUUGAGGUGCCCAGGAAAGAAUUUCAACCGGUUUUGUCAACACAAAUCCCAAACCUUCUACUCAUGAUUUAUUCAAUCUAUGUGGCAGAAGUGUUAGCAAAGACAAACUAGCCGGCUGGCUGCCACUGCUAUGAGAGUCUUAAAUUUUUUGGCUACCAAAAUCGAGUUUCUUUUCCAAUGAGCGAAUUUUAUGUGGAAGUGCAAGAAUAUGAUACAAUUUUGUCAGAAUCUUCUUCUUGCCAGUUUUUCAUUCUCAGGAAAGAGUUUCUUAACCAGCUAAAGAAGGAGAGCUCUAUUUUUUAUUCUCAUCUUUUUGCAAUCAAAAUGACAGAUUUACAUUUUUUUUUUUUUAAUUAAGUUGCUCUGUAUGUUUUAGUCUAAUUUUCCUUUGAUAAAUUGGUUCACUAAUGUGGUUAUUGCAUAAUUGAUUUGAAAUAAUUGUACUAAAAUUGUAAUGCCAGAGGAUGAUCUACUGAAUUGUAUCU